GCUGUUCGGUAAUUCGGUGUGUUCUAUUUUCUAAGCAGGCUAGUUGUAUUCCAUAAUAUUAAUUUUUAUUUACUUUUCACUAAAAAGCAUUCAAGCAACAGUUCAUAUUUGCAAAAUUCAUUGCAGUGUUAAAUUACAAGACAAACGUGAGUAACCAAAGGUCGCCUGCCUCUCACACUCCAAACCAUGUGUUAAAAAUCAAUAAGGGGAAGGGCAUAGCUAAAGCUGACGAUUGAGGCCCCCCGCCCGGUACACUUAGCGAAUCGCCGCUAUUUGCGCUCUGAACUCUUUUCUACAAGCUGCACACACAUUUAGGAAGGCCCACAAAUGGCAACGUUCCUUAACAUUCACUCGGUCAAACUAAACAAAUGGCAGGUUGCCCUUCUUUUGGGCACGCCCCUGGCCAUCGGCCUGGGCAUGUAUGUGCUGAAUCGCAGUUCUCGCGAUGGCGCCAAAAGCGGUAGCACGCAAGGCAAAUCAAGUGAGGGCGGUCAGUCGCGACAAAAGAGCAAAAUUGAAAAGCAAGCCCUCUCCAUUGAUGGCACCGCCUCAGAUUCAGAGCUGGAAAGAAAGCAGAAAUCGGCAGAGCUGGGUGAAAAGUUAUCACCGUUGAAGGAAGCCAACAACUACAAGAUGGAGGGCAAUAAUUGCUAUCGGAAUGCCAAAUUCGAUGAGGCAAUCAGCUUUUACGACAAGGCUAUAGACAAGUGUCCCCCCGAGCAUCGCACGGAUAUGGCAAUUUUUUAUCAAAAUCGCGCGGCGGCUUACGAAAUGCUUAAGAAGUGGAACAAGGUGAAGGAGGACUGCGGUCUUUCGCUGGAAUACAAUCCCCGAUAUGCGAAGGCCUAUUAUAGGCGGGCGCGUGCCCAUGAGGCCACCAAAGAUAUGAUUGAGUGCCUGGACGAUGUCACCGCCACCUGUAUAUUGGAAAUGUUUCAGAACAACAAUACCAUUAUGUUCGCCGAUCGAGUGCUGAAGGAGACGGGCCGCCUGGACGCCGAACGGGGUCUGCGGGAUCGUGUGCCUGUGGUGCCCUCGACGAGCUUCAUCAACACCUACAUGCGUUCCUUUAUAGCCGAUCCUCUGCAAACGAUGACCGUGCCCCCAGCGGUGGACGAUGCGCCGCCGCGCGGUUUUGUCCGCGCCCGACGCGCGUUCGAUGAACAGAAAUAUGAUGAAAUCAUUGCGGCAUGUACAGAAGAAAUUGAAUCUUCAGAAGCGGAAUCACAAUACAAGGUGGAGGCGCUCCUAAUGCGCGGCACAUUCCAUUUGCUGUGCGGCUCCUUCGCCGACAGCAAGCUCGAUUUUGAUGCCAUACUGGCGAAUGCUGAUGCGGAUGUCACACUCCGCACCUAUGCGUAUAUAAGACGUGCUGCCUUAUUCAUUCAGACGGAAGAGCGUGAUAGGGGACUGGAGGACUUUGCGGAAGCAGAGAAACUGACGCCCAACAAUCCAGAUGUAUACCAUCAGCGUGCGCAGAUCCUGUUGCUGCUGGAACAGAUCGAAGCAGCGUUAAUGGAGUUCGACAAGGCUGUGCAACUGGCACCCAAUCAUGCAAUAGCCAAUGUACAGAAAUGCUAUGCGGAGUAUCGACUGUCCCUGUUAUCCGUCGAUCAGAAGCGCCUGGAGCGCGUCAUACAGGACUUCGAGCAUGCUAUCGAAAAGUUUCCGGACUGUGUCGAGUGCUACAGUUUGAUGGCUCAGGUAUUGGCCGAUCAGCAGCAGUUCCCACAAGCGCAACAAUUCUACGACAUGGCCAUGAAGAGGGCGCCCACAAAUCCCGCUUUGCUCGUCCAUCAGGCGAUAAUGAUGCUGCAAUGGCGCGGCGACAUUGAGGCAGCUGUAGCGCUACUAAAUCGCGCCAUUGAAGUGGAUCCCAAAUGCGAGUUGGCCUAUGAGACGCUUGGCACCGUUGAGGUACAGCGCGCCCAGCUGCGGCGUGCUGUUGAUCUGUUUGAGAAGGCGCUGCUCUAUGCCAAGAGCCAGGCGGAGCUGGUCCAUGUGUACUCGCUGCGUAACGCGGCGCUAGCUCAAAUCAAUGUCACUCGCAAGCUGGGCAUCGACAUGAACUCUGUAUCAGCGAUGGCCCAAUCAGGUUUUCUAUCACAGGGAUCCGCGUAGACGAGGGGCGAUUGGUCAGCAAACGUUGCCCCAACAUGGCGACAUGUAGGCAGCCAAAUAAGCGAGCAUUUAUAUGCGUUUCAACUGACGUUGUGUGCAACCUAAGUAUAUUUACAAUGACCUCCCCACUCCCCCCGACGCACGCACACACAACAACACAAACACUAAAAAUACAACACACCACAAACACACACACACACACACACUAAUCAAUGAAAUCAAAUGAUCAGCCGUGUUAUAUACACAAGACACAUAAAAAGAUAUGGAAAAUCUUAUUUUAGUUAUUGUGCUCCUCUAGUUUUAGCAAUGAAAGUCGUAUAUAAUGAAACUUAUAACAG